AUGGGAGCUGCUUGUUGUUCAGCUGAACAUAGAGAAUCAUUAGCUUCUUAAUUCACCAAAAUCGAACAAGAAACAACUACAACGGAAGCUGUAACUAUUUAGCCCACAUAAAAAGAACUCGAAUAAUAAUAGCCUGUCCCUCAAAAAAAGUCUAAUGAUGAAUUUCUGCUUUCAUAUCCCAAAAUAUAAGAGGAAUUAUAUAAAAAAAGAGAUUCUCCUAUUCCAAAGAGUGAUAAGAAGAAUUAUAGAUUAAUCGACCAGAUAGAUGAUAUUGAAAGAAGUUACAGAGAGUACAAGAAAAUAAACAAAAACAAGUUGAUGAAGACAAUAAGUAGCUAGAAUUAGACAUUUGAGGAGCAUAAACUCUUUGAGGGGCUAUGCCAGAUUAUUGAUUCAAAUAAUGUGAGAGAUCUUAGAAUUUUCAUUAAGUUUCAUGAGAUAGAUCAAAAUGAUGAAUAUCAAAUCUCCGGUAUAUUUGAGGAAACUGAGAAUAAUUUAGAAUUCAUGAUUUAAGGAAAAUAUGAUCCCAAGGGAAAUGAAUUGAUUUUUGGAAUUUUUAAGAAUUCCUUGUAACUAAUUAUCGGAGAAUAUCAUCAAGCUUUUAAAUACAUUAAAGGUCAUCAAUUUAAUUUGAUGGAUAGGGAUGACCAAGAAACUUGGCAAGAAACACAACUACAUAUGAAACAAUAAAAGUGA